AUGAAGUUUUCCUCUUUGGCGGCCGCUACGGCCCUUGUCGCCGGCUCUGUCGUCGCUGCUGACCUCGAUCCCAUUGUCAUCAAGGGAAGCAAGUUCUUCUAUAAGACAAAUGGCACUGAGUUCUUCAUGAAGGGCAUUGCCUAUCAGCAGGAAAUCUCCAGCAAUGGCACUACCAACCCAGACAACAGUUACCAAGACCCACUCGCAGACGUAGAUGCCUGCAAGCGUGAUAUCCCCCUGAUGCAGGAGCUGCAAACCAACACUAUCCGUGUUUACGCCAUCGACCCCAAGAAGGACCACAAACAGUGCAUGAAGAUGCUCCAGGAUGCCGGUAUCUACGUCGUGGCUGAUCUCUCCGAGCCCAAGACUUCCAUCAUCCGUGAUGACCCCAAGUGGAACGAUGACCUGUACGAGCGCUACACCUCCGUCAUCGACGAGCUGGCUCAGUACUCCAACACCAUCGGUUUCUUCGCCGGUAACGAGGUCUCCAACAACAGCACCAACACCGAUGCCAGUGCUUUUGUUAAAGCUGCCGUCCGUGAUAUGAAGGCCUACAUCAAGCAGAAGAACUACCGCCCAAUGGGUGUCGGCUAUGCUACCAACGACGACGCUGAGAUCCGUGAUGACAUGACCGCCUACUUCAACUGCAACAAGCAAGAAGAAUCCAUUGACUUCUGGGGCUACAACAUCUACUCCUGGUGCGGUGACUCUUCUUACACUACUUCCGGUUAUGAUAAGGUCGUCGAGGAAUUCAAGUCCUUCAACGUCCCAGUCUUCUUUGCCGAGUACGGUUGCAACAAGGUCCAGCCAAGAAAGUUCACUGAGGUCCAGGCUAUCUAUGGUGACAAGAUGACUCCUGUUCUCAGCGGAGGCAUCGUCUACAUGUACUUCCAGGAAGCCAACGACUAUGGUCUCGUCAAGAUUGAGAAUGAUAAGCCCAAGAAGCUCGCCGACUUCAACAACCUCAAGACUCAGAUCAGCAAAGCCAAGCCCUCUGGUGUUAAGAUGGAUGCUUAUAAGCCAACCAACACCGCUCUCAGCACUUGCCCCACCAGCAAUACCUGGAAGGCCAAGAGCUCGCCUCUCCCACCAACUCCCAACAAGUCCCUCUGCUCCUGCAUGGUCAAGAGCUUGACCUGCGUCGCCAACUCUGAUAUCACUGACAAGGAACUCGGCAAGCUCUUCGGAGUUGUCUGUGGCAAUGACAAGGAUGCCUGCAAGGGAAUCACUGCUGACGCUUCCAAGGGUGUCUACGGCGCUUACAGCAUGUGCAGCCCCAAGGAGCAGCUCUCCUUCGCCUUUGACCAGUACUACAAGCACCAGUCCGCUAAGGGCAACGGAGCCACUGCCUGUGAUUUCGGCGGUGCCGCCAGCAUGCAGAAGUCUGAGAAGCCAUCCGGCAACUGCGCCACCCUUGUCGGCCAGGCUGGCCAGGACGGUACCGGAAGCAUCACCUCCGGCCCAGGUGGCAGCAGCACCUCUUCCGGCGCUGCUGCUCAUACCAUUGCCUCCCCAUCUGUCAACUUUGGUAUUGUCAAGUUUGGUGCUUAUCUCUUCUGUGCCGUUCUCGCUGGUGCUGGUAUGAUCCUGAUAUAG